CUCUCAGCUGUUAAGAGGAUUUAGUAUUUUGCAGCACUGGCCAACAAAUAGCAUCAAUAUUUUUGUGUGUGGUCAGGUGGAUCGAGUUAAAAAAAAGAAUUCAGGGCUAGCAUAGACUGAGUGGCGCAUGCUGUUACGCACUAAUGCAAUGCAGCGAACUCAACAGGAGCAAAAGCAAUUGAAGCUGCAUCAGCAGCAACAGCACACGGAAGACAUACAGCAACAGCAUCAUCACCAUCAUCAUCACCAACAGCAGCAGCAGCAGCAACAACAACAGCAUAACAGUAAUAUUAACAGCAAUGGGACGCACAUUGCUGGCUGCAGCAAUGCCACGCCCACAACGGCUGCAACAACGAGUGCAGCUGUUGGCGCCACAGGAGUGACGCCGCCUCGUACCUUGGCACUAAACCAAAACUAUGCAGCUUCGGACACAUCAGGGGAGCACGAUGGGGACACGGACUACCCGGACUCGCGGUAUGAGUGCGCCAUUUGCAUAGACUGGCUAAACGAGCCGGUGCUGACGUCAUGCGGCCAUCGCUUCUGUAAGAGCUGCCUCAGUGAUUGGCUGCAGAACCACAACCAGUGCUGCCCACUCGACAACAAGCAGUUGUCCGCCGAGCAGGAUAUUUUUCCCGACAAUUAUACGCGUCGCGAGAUUGAGCAAAUCAAGCACAAAUGCCCCAAUUCGCCGCAUGGUUGUGUCGUGGUAGCCUCGCCCAUCGAGCUGCAUCGGCACUUACCCACCUGCCCGUAUCGCAGGCAGCAGCAGCAGCAGCUCGAAGAGAAGUGUCCCUUCGCCAGCAUCAAAUGCGGUUUUGUGGGUCGUCCUGAGACGAACCAGUUGGAGGAGCACCUCAAAACGGACAUGCCGCACCACAUGCAACUCAUGCUACAGGCAUUCCAACAAACAGCCAUUGAGACUUGGCAGCCACACAAGCCCAGCUCCAGCUCCGCGCUGGAGAACGGCCACAAGGCGGGACAGCUGCCCCCGCCGCCGCAAUAUGCGAACGGAGUCGACGAGCAGAUCGUCCAGACCAUGUACCAGCGCAUCGUCGUGCUGGAGCAGCGCACACGCGAGCAGGAGACACGCAUCGAGAAUCUCAACAAGCAGCUGCGACGCCAGCAGCCAAUCGACGCCCGCUACAGCAACGGCACCAUCGUCUGGCAGAUCGAGCAGCUGAGCUCCUUGAUAGAGCGCCUGCGCGCCAAUGCGAAUAACCAGGUGUACUCGCACGAGUGCUAUACGUCACCGUACGGCUACAAGUUCUGUGCCCGUCUCAACAUACAGCCGCGGAAGCCGCACGUGCUCAGUCUGCACGUGCAUCUGAUGCAGUCGGACAACGACUUCCACUUGGACUGGCCAUUCAAGGGUCGCAUCAAGCUCUGUAUGGUGCACCCGGGCGACGCGAGUCUGUCACAGCACGACACCAUCAUGACGAAGCCAGAGAUACUCGCCUUCCACCAGCCGCGCGAGGCUAUCAGCACACGCGGCUUCGGAUUUCUCGAGUACGCCAACAUAUCCAAUAUCAUGCAACUGGGCUUCUGUGCCGACAAUCGGCUCCUGAUCAAGAUUGAGAUUAACAUUGUGUGAAUUGAAUUGCCCAGGACUAACUACUAGCUCAUGUGCUCAAUAUACACUAGAUGCUUAUAUAUACAUACGAACGAUAGGCGCUGAAAUAUGUAUAUUUUAUAUAGACCUUAUACGAUCUACGAUUAUUAGUCAAAACGGAGAAAAAACAUCACAGCGAAGCAAUUUUGAUACCAUAGUUUAAAAGUGACUUUAUCAGAUAUAUACAUAUAUAUAUAUAUAGUAAGUCAUAUAGCAUACAUGUAGUAUGAUAGCAAUUCGAAUAGGCCAAACUUUUGUAUACGUUUACACGCAUUUUAUUGUUUAAUAAUGCAAAGAGAAAACAAAAGAUUUGACGACGUAAAUCGGAUUAGACUCAUUCCAUGUUGUGAUUUUGUUUGUUAUCAGAUUCCAAUAAGAUUCCAGUGACAGCUCGCGCAUGUUAUUGGCCGGUUAACAGUUUCCAGUCAUGCUAAUCCAUUCUCAUUUCGCCUUUAUUCUAAUAAGUUUUAUAUUGUGAUUACUUUGUUUCACAUUUGUACUUAAUUUAAUGUUUUUUUUUUAUUUAUAUAUUUCAACUUGUUUAUAAUUUUGGAACUUUGUUUUUAAAACACUUCCAUUGGCAUUGGUUGAUUUUACCAAUUCGAAACACACAAAAAUACGUCCAUUAUGUUAAACAAUUAUUCUUAGGUGAUUUUUUGUUAAGCUUAAGAGCAAUAUACACACAUACAUAUACAUAUAUUGAUGGCAGCAGCAUGCAUACAUACAUAUAAACUACAAAUAUUAAUAUUAAUAUACAUACAUACAUAUUUUGAAUUGUAUUGAAGCAAGCGGGCAAUAUAUACAUAUGUAUAUGUACAUAUGUUAGAUAAGCAUAUUCAUAGUUGUGCAGUAAUAAAUUAGCGAGAACAACGCCACAAGAACAGCAACAACAAAUAAUAAUAAAGGACCCUUUUGUACCGAUAA